AUGGAGGCAAGUGUAUGGUCUGUGGUGUUUGGUGUGUUUCUGGUUGUUGCCGGGGCGACACAUGGACCCUCAGAUGAAGACAUGCCUGUGGACUCAGAGGAGAACAUGACAGAGAUGUUGGUGAGGGAACAGCAGCUCCAUGGAGUUGUUGAUAAUCAUCUCCUGAAGAUGGCACUGAGUUCAUUACUGAACAACCUUCAGAGACGCACAAACAAAUACCCAUCAGUGUUACACUACCCUCAACGGUUUGGGCGUGGUUCACACUCUGAUCUACACACUGGUGAGAGAAUUCACUCUCAGGACUUGGACGACGUUCCACAACAGAUCUGGAGCCUCGCUGUGCCACAGAGAUUUGGCAAAAAGUAG